AUGGCGUCGCAAGCAGGGCCAUCACCAGAAGCCCGCCAGGCGCAAUUCGAGCAAGCCGUCGCCAUAAGCCUGCACCUCUGGCUCUCCCUCACAGUAGCCGUACAAAACCACUGGGGCGGCCCUUCCUCAGCCGACAAGCGAGACUGGUUCGCGGGUGCCAUCGUCGACAUGUUCCCCAGUCUCGUCGACGUCGCCAAAGCGCAAGCUCAAUCUACCGCCGCCAAAGCCCAAUCCUCCACUACACCUGCUCCCACAACUAAAUCACAAUCGAACACCACCCCCAGGAAAAUCCCCGACGACCCGCCCCAAGAAGACGUCGAGGCCGUCCUCCUCCAAGUCAUGCUGGACGAGUUCGAGACCAACGUCGACGACGAGUCCGAGGUCGACGUCGCGGCGCGCAUCGUGCACGCGCGCGCCCGGUGCGCCGCCGGCGACUUUUCCUUCGUAGAAGACCUGCGCCGGCGCUGGCUCGACACCAAAGGAAAAAAGGUCGUCGUCGAGGCCAAAGAACAAAACCAGGAGGCUGAGUGGGAUGACGUCGACUCGGAUGAUGACGACGAUGAUGAUGAGGAGGAGGGCGACUCGGAUGUCGAGAUGGGCGAGGCGCCUGCGCUAGUGCCCGUGGUGAAGGAGAAGCCGCCGCCCGAGGUGGAUGAGGAUGGGUUCACCAAGGUCACGAAGAAGAAGCGGUGA